UGGUAAACAAAGUUACAGCGAAGAACCAGAGCCUGAGCCAGUAAUCGUGAAAUCGCGACGCGGGAAAGACGCAUCCAUUAUGUCCGCCACAGUACAAACGAGUUUAAAGGACAAAAUCCGGGAGUCAGUUGAAAUACCGAUAUUAACAAGAUGCUGUUUCUGCUUCCCGCUGAGAAUAGGCCUCGUUGCCUUCGCUUAUGUGAACCUUCUGUUAACCAUUGCAGUCACCAUCAUGCUGUCAAUGUACAUCUCAUACAUGCGAACUUCAGAACAAGCGAACAGCACGGAAUACCCGCGGCUUAUAGCUGAUACCACAGCCUUGGUGUUGGAAGCAGCUAUGUCUGUGGUGUUCAUCGUCGCUCUGCAUAAGAAACACGUGCUCCUCAUGAAAGUGUACCUGUACUUCGAAAUAGUGUUCUCGGCGAUUGGUUUCGUGUACAGCUUGGUGUUCCUCUCAAGGGAGUCCGCUGGUGAACUGUUCCUGAUACUGUUCCAAUUGAUGGUACAAAUCUAUCUGGUGAUCUUAAUUUGGAGCUCCAUAGUGAAGAUGACGAGAGAUGACUCCGUGAAGUACGUGCGGAAUAGAGAAACUGUUUAAUUUAUUUAUUUUUCAAUUUAUAUACAAUCAUUUUUGAACAUAUUAUGCAUGUAAAAAUGUAUUGAAACUGAUGAAAUCAUAAUUAUUCUAAUUUUAAUUAUACAAGUUGUCGUAAAUCGUGAAAAAGACGUUCAGAAAAUUUUAAAAUUGUGGUUUUCAAAUAUGUACUUUUUGAAAUCGUUCAUCUUUUAAUUUAUUAUUUAGCGUAAAAGCCUCAAAUUAUGUACAAAAAUGUUUUAAGAUGUGGUGUUAAAGACUUUUAGAAGAUUUUUUGUAGAAUUUUAUACAAAAUGGAUUUGCUCAUUUUUACAUAAGUAUCUAAUACUGUUAACAAACUAUGAUAAAAAUCAGUAGGAAUAGUGAUAAAAGCUAUCUAAAAUCUUAACUUACUUUUGUUUAUUUGUUUUAUAAACUGUGGUCCUGUCUAAACUUUUUACUACGCAAGAUUUUAAAAUGUGCAACGACAAUUUUGAAUUAUCAAUUACUUUGUGUAAAAAAGAGACAGCUAUAGUUAAAAGUUUUUAGUUUAUGCAGAAUGUAGAGCUUAGAAUAUUUUGACUGGACAAAAUAAUAAUAUUCCAGUUCAUUUCUUAAUUUCGUUUCAUAUCUAUUACUGUUAUAUUAUUUGAUACGAGAAAGCAUUUUAUAUUAAUAAUUUUUAUUCAUAUCAAUAACAAUUUGCUAUAAAAAAUUGUAGUUCUUCGCAGAUGCUAUGCGAAAAAAAACAUAAAAAAAAUUAAAAGCAAUUUGUGAUACAAAUAUUUUAGAUGUUAAAUUAUUAAAAAAAUAAUGGAAUAUAUUUUUUAGUAUUUACAGAUGCUUCGUGCCUUUAAGAUAGAUUUUAUAGUUUUAUAUUAUUCUGUUAUUUUUCUAAACAUAGAAAUAUUUACACAUUGUAAAUAGUAUAUUAUAGAUUUAAGUGAUUAUGCCAAAAAUAAA